AUGUCGGGUAUAAGCGAUGAAACGGCAUCGGUAGUCGACAGUCAAGAUGGAUUCUCUUUCAACUUACAGCUCAAUGCGGUAAAUGAGAAUCGUGGGUUCCACAGGAAGAAUUAUAGAGGCCAAAUUCAACGAUCAAACGUCAUUGAUGACAUCUGUCAAGGGAUGCUACUAAUGGGACGCAUCGAUCGUAUCAUACAUGGUCGUGAGACUGAGGACGGGAGCCCGGCUACCCUUGUUAUUUUUGGGUUUCGAUUUCAUGGUGCCGACGAAAAACGUCGAUUUAAACAAGCUACUAUUACUAUAACGUUCCGAGACGCGAAAGAGCGAGACGAUUCAGAUCCAGAGGUUGUCAAUAUGUGGCCAAAUGGUGACUUUACUUUGGGUCAUCCUACACGCGUUGAUGUUGUGGAUUCGGACGGAACACAAGCUGGGCUGGCAGUAUCUGGAAAUAGCAUUCUGCAAGUGAGUGGCAAUGCAGCGAAAAAUUGGGAACAACAGAGAAGCUAUACAAGAGAGACCCGGUCAUUGUUGACAGGAUCUAUCAUGCUUGACAUGGGAAUCCGGAAGUACGGAGAAAACAAUGCUGUCCGCAUCACCGUCACUGAAGACCCCCUGUCAUCAUCUGGGUUAACGACCGAUUUCAGGACAGCGGUAUUGCUAAAGCGGAAGAGGGAAGACGACAAAUUUCAAGCAACUGUCAACAUAAAAGCAAAAGCACACUUUCUAUAUAAUGCUAUUCAAGGUAUGAGAGACAUUUCUGGUUUUUCACCUGCAAAUGAUCCGAUCACUUUCCAACCCGGGGUACAAUAUCUUGGACCAUUCAGCCUAAACGAAGAGGUAGACGCAAACAACCUCAACGAGGCAAAGCUGGCUCAUCUCGCAGGGAUGGCGGACACGGUUCUUGUAUAA